UCUGUCAAAGAGUCUGUUCUCCCACACACACACACACACAGACAGACCCGCCCAGUCUUCACAGUGUUCGAAUCGCACUUCCACGCCCACGCCCACGCCCACGCCCACGCCCACCACACCCAUUUACUUUGCCCAAGCUAGGAUCAGGCUCGCAUCAGGCUUUCCGCAGCAGCGCGGCCUCGAAGCUGACAGCCUUGCCGACCGGUUCUGCUGGAUCUCUUGGAGUCUUGGAGUCUUGGAGUCUUGGAGUCUUGGACUGGCCGUUUGUAGCGUGUUUUAGGGCGCGAACCUAGUUGUUAGCGGUCUUUGCUCUCCGGGCGCCAUUGGUGGCCAGCCGCCUGUCAUUCGUGCGUUGUUCCUUCUGGUCGUUGCGUCAGGGUGACUCCGGCCCCAGAAGGGAUUGGUAGUGGUGUGGCCCAAGAAAUCAAGCCCAAGGAUCUCCCUCCAGCGGCUUCCGCUGAUAGCUAGCCAGGGUCUUGCAGAGUGGUGAGCUGCGAGCACUUACGAGUGUGCGGUCAGUGCACCAAAUGCAGGUGCAGGUGCAGUGAGCCAGCAAGCAAGCAGAAGAAACAGGAUUCCGAGCCAGCACCACCAGAAUCACGACGACUAUACUACUACACGACUACACGACACUACUCGACUGACCGACUCACUGCACGAGUACCUUCUGGGUAUAGAGAGACUCGGACCUCAAUCUCAACCUCAACCUCUUACUGUACUGGCGCUGGCACUGGCAGGUGGUGCUCACGACCAACCAAAACGUCACUCGCGUCAUUCAUCACAUUCUUUUCCAUCUUGGUCCAGUCGGUCUCUCUCACUCACACGCACGGCGCGGCAAGUUGCGAGCCAUCCCAUCGUCUGAACUCAACUCGACGACCUGGACCAUCCACCACUCAUCACCCACCAUCCAGAAUUCCUGAUCCGGCCUUUCUCACCCCUCCUACCCUCCUACCCUCCUCCCCUCCCAUCCUCACCCCCUGGGAUCCCUCUCCCUCUCCCCAUCCCCAUCCCCAUCCUGCCAUUGAACGGUCUGGCCUGGCUAGUCAACGUGGUUGUCUGGUCCACAGAAGCGUCCAUUUGUGCCGGAGAGGCGGUUAUUGGCCCUGAAGUCCUCAAAUAUCCGCGCACCACCACGACACUACCACCAACCCGCCCCUCUGCGAAGCUGCGCUGCCACGAACAAUUGGUUGGCUACCAUUUUUUCAACGCCUCUUAGCAGAAAACUUCCACAAGAGAACCAUCUCCACCUCCUUCGUCGUGUGCCUCACCCGUCCUAGACCUUCUAGACGGUCAUCGCGUCGCAUCGCCUCAGCGACCCUCUUGGGCGUCAUCACCAUUCCUCGGUCGAUCAUUCUCACGACGGCGGUACGGUCAGAAGCACAGAAUCACCAGACAAAGCCCUAUCCAAGCGGGCCAGCAAAGCUUGCCCUCCCCUCCGCGUCAACACCACCACCUCCGUUUUCACCCGGCGGUUGGUGGCACGUCGAGGACGAGUAUCCCCCAAAUACGUUGCUGUCAUCGAUCAUCGAUCAUCGAGACAGAGCCGAAGCACGGCACCCCCAUCCUACCACUAUCAAUCCAUAUAGUGGCAGAGAAAAGAAGGAAGUGAGAGUGGCACCCAAUUGACCUCGGUUGCCCAGAGACAACAUCCGCAAUCACGACCACGGCCCAAGAGAGCAAAAACCGAGCGCAAAGUCCAAGUCCAGCACAAGCAAGGCACCCGCUCCGCACCCGCUCCCAUCUGCUCGCUCGCCUCUCUCUCCACACUGAGAACGGACCCCACCGGCACCCAUCUCACUCCGUGGAACCCUCGCACCACCGAGGAAAAUACCCCGGACCUGGUCCUUCACACCACCCAAAGAGCACCCCCCUGGACAUCAGCCCCGAUCCUAGCCUCAAAUCAUAUCCCUGCUACCCGAAUCGCGAACACAGCCAGCCCAGGCAUCCUCACCCAUCCACCACCACCAUCAUCCUGAUCACUCUUCUCCCAUCCACCACCGACACAGACCCUCCUCCGCUCCACCAGGUCCUGCCACUCAUCCAACAAAACCAGGUCGUAUCCCUUUCAAUCCCUUCUUUUCCUCCCUCCUGUCUGUUCCACACCCAACCCACCACCUCACCCACACCUCCAGUCCUUCUCCCCGACUUGGAGUCGCUCAAUGAAGGUGGUCGUCCCUCAGCCGCUCAGGAGAAUAAGAACGCACUGCAUCACACCCGCAUCUCGCGAAGGGUGGGUCGCAGCAACAGAGGCCCAGAACAAUCUAGUCUAACCCAAUCGGUCAUCAACAACAGCACUGUAACCACAACAUCUUGCAUCUAUUGAGCAACAAGUUGAAAGUUGGUCUCUAGACACUAACGGCAACCUCACUAAAAGUCCAGGAAGUCAAGGACAGGAAAAGUGAAAACACCGUCAGGAAAGAAUUGGAAGCUUGACCACGAACAUUGGUCAUUACAACAACUUGCGCUCAUUCCGUGGAACGACAAUCGAAAGGAAAUCCGGCUGAAUUCAUUGGUCGCUGUUUAUUGUCAACCCGACUUCAAACUUGACUCACAGGUUGAAGAGGAGGAAAGAAAGCUUGGUCGGAAUUGAGAGGCGUGCUUAAAUUCCUCUACAGGAGUGAUCAGCAAAAGGUUACGAAACGGAGUUCUCGCUUUGACAGUAAAAAUUGUUCAUUGCAUCAUCUCCAAGCAAGAAUAAAUAGGUCUGGAAAGUUCGAUUUCUUGUUACAAGGCAUUGUCUUAAGCAAACGAAGGGGCAGGAAGCAGAAGCAAAGCGUGCAUCUGGCUGCAGUCCAGGAGCGGGAAGGCACGAGUCGGUCCUCGGCCACAAGAUUGACAGCAGGGCGUUUGACUUCACACCGCUACCACGAACCUUCUCUCUAAAUAACGCACUGCUGAGCCAGCAACGUGGUCUGUGGGAGAAGGAGCCGUCGUGGUGCAAAUUUAGCUUUAGAGCUAGAACACGCCGCCGGACCGUCCCCCGCUCUAGUGUCUUUAUUUAGGUACGGGCCUUCUUUCUUGUGACUCUCAUACAUUGGUUUGCGACUGCACCAUACUCGUUCUUUCCACGGCAUCUCAUUUAUGCCAGAAGGCUCGGGGGGUCUGCGGCAAUCCUUUUUCAUACCUAAUUCUGACACUGUAUUUCAGAUAGGCUUGCGGUAUCGGGUCCAAUUUCAAAUCGUCUGAUUUGCGUCGGCGCUUCCAGCCAUUUUUGAAGCGUGUAAUAACUGGAUAAUUCGUUCACUUCACGCCAUUUCCACUUCUUUCUUCAUCCAUCUCCAUGACGCUUGCGUGUGUCGCAAUCAAUAUGGCUUACCCGGAUCAGAAUGGAGGUGCCUACCAGCCCUCUCGCGAGUCCGGAUACUCACUUCGAGAUCAGCGAGAACAUCCUGACUCUCAUUAUCCUCCUCCAUCUCGAGACCCGAGAGUAUAUCCCGAGUCUCAGUAUCCGCCACCAACCCGAGAAUCUGACCCAUAUCCCAUUCGCGAUCCAAGAGAUCAACCUCAAUCACAGUAUCCACCUCCACCGGGGGAAGAAGAUGACCGCGCGAGGGCAUACCACCACCCUCAUCACAGAGCUCCACCCAGCAGUAACGGCGUGACAUUGCCACCAUUGUCGCCCUAUGAAACCCCAUCACCAUAUGGAGCCCAGCAACCACCACCGCAACACGCCAAUGGAUAUCCUCCGGUUCCACAGAGCUAUCCGCAAGGCCCGCCAGGUCCAUAUAGUGCCCCACAGGCCGGGUAUAGGAACGAUAGACCAUAUCAGCAGCCCGCUCAAGACUAUGGUCGUCCAGGCCAGCAACACAUGGCAUUCAGUCAAUCGGCCCCUCGACAGAGGACUGCCAUUGCCUGCAGAUAUUGUAGAAGACGAAAGGUAAGCUCACAUAGUAUUCCUCGCAGCCUUGAACAUCAUCGUUUUUCCAUGGCGGGUUCAUUUUCAUAGCCCAUCGUCCUAAUUUACUGUUAGAUUCGCUGUUCUGGAUUUGAUGCCAACCCCGAAGGUCGUUGCUCCAAUUGCGUUCGUUUCCAACAGGAUUGCUUCUUCGCUCCAGUCUCUUCUCAAGCCCAAGCUUUUGUUCCUGCUCACACAGUUUAUCCUCAUAUGCGUCAGAACUCUGGUAUGAACCACACCGGACAUGAGGAGCAAACAAUGUAUCCUCGCCAUGCAGGAGCAACGCCUCAACUGUAUGGAGCACAUGGGCAACCACUCGGUCCUGUGCCGCCCCCUUCUGGGCAUGGAGGUUCUUCCGGGCAUGGUCCUGGUCAUGGUCCCCAGUACGAAUAUCCCGCACCUUCUCCUACAGGAUCGUAUAACUCUAUGGACCGCGGCCAAACACCUCGCUCUCAAGACUCUGCAGCAUAUAGCACCCACGACCGUGCAUAUUCUUCUCGAAACCACGAGACUCUUCACAGUCCUCUCGAACACCCAUCUCGAUCUCACGAGCCUAUGCAUAGCCCACACGACCGUUCCCAACCACCUCGACAUCACGAACCAUUGCAUCCUCAGGAGAACCCAAAUGAUUCUAUGCGCACCCGAGAUCGUCCAUCGCCGACGGGCUCUGCAGAGUCAUCAUCUCGAAAACGACCGUCCGAGGACCAGCACGACUCGGUUCUUCCACCUCCAAUGCCACCGUAUGCACGCUCUGAUAGCGCGAACAGGCGACAGGCACUCGAAAAUGAGCAUCGACUCCCGCCCUUGACACCAACGGGUGUUAUGCCACCUUCGAAUCACUCUCCUGGUUCUUCUAUACCCCCGGCAGCAAAUCUUCAAUCUCGCCCAAACGGCCUCCCAUCAAUUACUCCACCUCUCCGUAAUAACCUGGGCGGAGCAGGUCGUACAGAUCCUAUGAAUUUGAACAACCUCCUCGGGGAUUUCAACAACGACAGCAGGGCAAACGAUGACAAGGUUUUAUCUCGCUUCAAUCCAAAUCCUCGUUAGUUGCCAUUCGAAUUACUCCGUUUCCGAACACCGUUCAGGGUCUAGCCACCUCCUUCUGCGUGCGCCUGUAGAGUGGCACAAUACCCAUGAGUCGAAUACGUUGUUGUGUUUGAAAUUGGCACCAAAACUAUCAAAGCAAAAACAAGACAAUCUCAUGGGAGCUUGUUUAAUGAUAAGAUGAAGAAUUGAUCCCCCAUCAUCUUGGGUGGGGCUCACAAGGGAAGGAAUUAAUUAAUGGUUUUUCUUCUUUCUUGUGUUUACAAUCCGCGGUUGUUGUUUAUUGAAUUCUUUUUUCUUUCUGUCUUGUCUCAUUUGCCAUUUUUUUUGUUCCUUUUUUUUUUUUCUUCUUUUUUUCAUGGGGUGUUAUAAUUUCACGAAAUGAAAAACCAUGUGUGGUAAUGAAUCAUGGAUUUCGCAACGGGGUGGGUAACAAAUCUGGGGCUGGCUGGCUGGCUGGCAUAGGCAAAUAAGGGGGAUUUGGGGGAGUCGCUUUUGGUUGAAAAUAGAUGGAUCAUUGCCUCACGGCAGAAAUAUUGUUUGGAGAGGGGGAGUUUUUUGUUACGUUAUGUUGUCUACUUCUUCCUUCGCGCGUUUCUUGUUGAACGUUCUUCUGCUUCUCUGGCACAUUUGUUUAUAUUCAAGUUUGUUGUGGCGAUUGAGAGAAUUGGAUUCUGUGGUGGGGUGGAAGAUUACUAUGGGAGGCAAAUUGUGGGUGUAUAAGCGCAUUGAGAGAGAUAUGUAUUUUGCUUACAUGUGGCAGUUGUUGAGUCUUGCUUUUGUUUUUUCCUUUCUUCGUUCGAGUGCUAGGGGUGUUGUGAUACUUAGGUAGCGACAUAGUUGAGAGUGAUUUAUGGGUGAGCAAAGCUUGAGUAGGUCUGGGUUGGGUUGGUGUGCGAGGAGGAAAAUAAUAAUGAAAAGAUGGAUUGGAAUGACGU